AUGAAGGCGCGCCUGACGGCCGCCGCCGAGCACAACGCGCCCGUGUCGCUCUCCGGCGGGGACCUGGCCAUGGUCAAGACGGAGCUGGCGCGCACGCCCGACCUGAGCGACGCCGCCUUCCGCCAGCCGCUGCACCGCGAGGCCAGCAUCCAGGACGUGCUGGCCUGUCUGCUGGACCAGCAGCCGCGCGCCCCCACGAGCUCGCAGAGCGCGGGCGGCAGCUUCCUGGUCAACUCGGAGAACGCCAAGACGGCGGCGGACGCGAAGCCGUCGCUCAAGAAGCUGCUGAGCAGCAACGACUUCACCAUGACGGAGAAGAAGGAGAGCUUGCGCCACCUGCUGAGCUUCAUCGAUAACUCCUUCGCGAGCAACACGCCCGAGCCGCUCACGCAGGUGUACAAGGACUGCGAGGCCGGCACGCUGCAGAGGCUGUCGAGUCUGCAGCUCAUGCGCAGCUUCAUGACGCCCAACCCGCCCACGCAGCAGAGCAACGGACAGGGCGGUAUGGGCACGCGCACCACGAGCUUCGAGAUCAUCCAGGCCAUGCUCAACGCCACGUCCAACCAGGCCAUCCAGAAGCCCAUGACGAGCCAGGACAGCUUCCGCUUCCAGCACUUGGCGCGCACGCUCGAGUGGAUAAUCUGGAUAAUCUGCUGGAUUAUCACGGAUCCAAUGGCAACUCCUCGGCGCCAAAUGCUGCGCCGACGACCAGCGCGCCGGCGCCUGCUGUGCCGCCGAUGCAGUCACAGUCGGCGGGCUUUGUGGACACGCAGACGCUGCUGA